AAAUCGGUUACAACAGAAAGGGAAAGGCAUCGGGAGGAGGCGGAGCGGCGGCGGCCUGGAGCGCUGAUCAGGCGCGGAAACGCGGGGAGUCGGGGGCCAAGGGCUCGAGUCAGGAGGUCCGGGAGCAGCAGCCGCCCGCUCGCCACGCAGCCGCCGCUGCCCUAGCGGUUGCCUGGAUACGGGAUAACCGCCUGGGGGCCUCGACCGCAGCUCAGCCGGCGGCGUGAGCAGGCGCGGCUCGGGGAGACGCGCGGGGAGACGCGCGGAGCCGUGUCUACUCAAGUCAAAUACUGAACAGCUUCCUGGCGGAGAGGCUGAGAAUUGUAUACUUGCUUGCUUUAAAGCAUCCCAAAUAAGAUGAUCCACUCCAACACCUCCCUUUUACAGGUUUUAAAAUAUUCUGAUAACUAUGCCUGAAAACAAGACAGUUUCCUCUUCUUCCACUAGAGAUGAUCAAACCAAUACAGGUUUAACAUGUCAGGAAGUAAAGGCUCUCAGAGAAAAGGCAUGGUCAAAGACAAAUGAAGACAAUGCCACGUCUCAGAGUUUGGUUCUAUAUGGAGCCUCUAAGGAGAACAGUGAAAGUUUUCAUGAAAGUAAAAUGACAAAUACUGAAGGGGUGAAUAAAGGCAUUUACUUUAGCUACCCAUGCCGACGUCACAGCUGUGCUGUGGUAAACAUCCCAGCACCUUGUGUCAACAAAAUGAUUUCACACAUCCAAGAUGUGGAGUCCAAAAUACAGGAGCAUUUGAAAAGGUUUGAAACUUCUUUUGAAGAAUGGAGCAGAACUUCCACAAAAGACCUGAAAGAAGAUUGGAGUGUAGCUACACCAGUGAAAGAGGUCAAACCAGAAGAAAAGAGAGAUGAAGAGUGUCCAGAGUUAAAGCAGGAAAUGGAAACAUUGCUCUCAGAGGCCACUCAUCUCAUUAAAAGUCUAGAAACUGACCGGGCAGAAGCUGAAGAAGCUUUAAAACGACAAAGAUCAAGAAAGAACAUGAUUAACUUGAAAAUUGACUCUUGGUCAGUCUGGAAACUUCGAGAACUCCCAUUGGCUGUGCAGAAAGAACAUGAGGCCUGUUUGAGAGAUGUUAUAGAGUUACAAUGGCAUCUUGAAGAUAAAGUUAAUCAACUAGAACAUUUUGCAAAACAAAAGAUGGAGUUAGAAGAAGCAAAUGCAAAGAUUCAAGCAGACAUAGACUACAUGAAUGAACAUGGCCCUCUACUGGACUCUAAGCGGAAUCAGGAACUUCAAGAUCUGAAGAACCAUUAUAAAAAAAAAAAGGAGGUAAUGGACCUACACAGAAAAGUUUGUGAAGAACUUGAAGAAGCUUUAGAAGCCUGUGAAAAUGCCAGACUGAAGGCUCAGCAAAUUAAAGAAGAGAUGGAUAAAGAUAUUUACCAGGAUGAAAAAAGCAUAGAGGCCUACAAGAGAGAGAUGUAUCAACUUACCAGUCUAUUUGAUCAUUACUCUUCAUCAGUGAUAAAUGUUAAUACUAAUAUUGAGGAGAAGGAAGAGGAAGUGACUGAAGCAAUAAGGGAAACAAAGUCAUCAAAAAAUGAAUUACAUUCUCUUUCAAAAACGCUGGAAGAUUUGAGAAGAGUUUAUGACCAACUAAUCUGGAAGCAAAAAAGUCAGGAAAAUCAGUAUCAGGAAGCAGUUAAUGAUUUUUAUGCUGCAAAAAAAACAUGGGAUAUUGAACUUUCUGAUGUUGCAAAAGAUUUUUCAGCUAUUUCUUUGGCAUAUACAAAACUGAUGGAAGACAAUAAAAAACUUGGGAUUGACACUAACAAAAUAACAGAACAAAUCAAUGAAAGUAUAAGGAAAAAAUCACAAUAUGAAUCUGAAAUAAAAUCUUUGACCAUGAUGAAGUUAAAGAAUGAGAAACAUCUCAAGAGCAUCUAUAGGGAGGCUUAUCGCAUUGGUACUGUUUUCCACCUAACCAAACACAAGACAGAUGAAAUGGAAGAUAAAAUAGCAGAAGUGAGAAGAAAGUUCAAGGGUAGAGAAGAAUUCCUGAAAAAACUCACUCGAGGUGAAGUGGCUGCUGGAAUGGUGCUUCAGAAAAAACUGUAUUCCAUUUACGAAGUCCAGGCACUUGAGCGGAAAGAGCUUUUGAAAAAUAGGGCAAUAUGUGCCAUAUCCCUGGCAGAACUACAGGAACCUGUGCUUCAACUGGAAGAUGAAGCUGAAAGAAUCAGAACUCUCUACAAAGAACAUUCUGCUGUACUUAAUAAUAUACUUGAUCAGAAAGAUUUAAUUAGAAGAAAAGUGGAAAAAGUAAAGAAAAAAUUACGAAAAAAGGGGAAGAAAACACUUGAUGCACUAAUAGAAACUGAGAGUAAACGCUCAGCAAUUUUUAAAGACUUAGAAGCAACUAAAAGUAAGACAAUGAUUUUUUAUGCAAAAAUAAAUGAAUUGAAUGAGGAAUUAAAAGCAAAAGAAGAAGAAAAGAAAAGUUUUGAUCAGAUACUUGAAGUGUUAAAGAACAAAUUUGUAACUAUGAGAUUUAAAAGGGAACAUGCACAAGCUGUGUUCGAUCAUUAUAUGCAAGAGAAAAAAGACUGUGAAGAGAGAAUCUUUGAGGAAGAUCAGAGAUUUAGAGUGCUCCUUGCUGUGAGACAAAAAACUCUUCGAGAUACCCAAGUGAGUAUUAUCUUUGAAUGUUUCAAAAUGAAAGAAAUAUAGUGAUAGUCAAAUUAGCAGA